GGUCCACGCUGUUGAAUAAUCAAACACACCCCUCUUCAAAUUGAGCAACAGCUAGAAGAACUAUGUGCUGCUGCUUGCUAACGUUAGUUAGUUUGCAAAACUAGCGAUAGUAAGUUAGCAACCACCAGGAAACCUCUAUUUCGCAAUGAUGGGUUAAUAAAAGGGGAUUUGAUUGGAUAACGUUAAUGUUCUGUGGACACACAUUAACUAACGUUACAGCUGUGGCUUAAACUUACUCUACUUUGUCGCCAUGUCUUCCAGAAAGCGUAAAAGAUACUACAAGGAUAUAAAGUGUGUUUUCUUUCCGGAUGAUGUCAAAAAUGGUUUACCAAAAGUGGGAAGAGAGCCACCAUCACUUUCAUCCGUGUCUUCCGUCAAGAGCUGGGAGAAGUGUGGAGACAGUUUUCUGGACACUCCAGUGAUUCAGAACCUCAAGUCAUCAGGAAGGAAACUCUCUGACAUAAGAAGGUUGGCUCAGUCCCCUGCUUUAGUCCAGACCAGUGCUGUUCACUGUAAUGAGGACCCAGUGCACAUUGCGUGGAGCUCCAGUGACGGUGAACAGUCUGAUGAUGAGAACCAGAAGCAGCCUCUCUCCAGAGUUGCGGCUCAACAGCAACAACAUCCUCAGAGACCAGGGAGACCCACAGCUCCCGUUCAGUCUUACACAAGAGUUCUGCGCAUGCUCAGCACUGAUAAAGAUGACCUUCCUGUUAUUGACACAGACAGUGAUCUGGAUGAAUGUGAUGCUGAAAAGGAAAGCGGGCAACAAAUCUCUGACUGUGAGUCGGAGUCCUUUGACGAAAAGCCAGAAGAUUUACCUCUUAAACCUACAAAUAUGACAGAGCUAGAGAUCUCAGGUUACGUGUCUGAUGGCGAGAGUAUUGAUGGCACAGUGACUUUGAGUAGACCGGACUCUCCUCUCCAAACUGGUGAGGGCAGCAAAAGGUCAAUCAGUGACUGGGUCAGAUCUGCUCAGGCGAUGCUGCAGACGCCUCAGAAACCACAGUCCAAGAUGCUGACCAAGACUCCUGAAGACUCCGCCAAAAAGAAAAGGAAAUUUCAAAGUGGAGGUCUGGCUGAGAGGCUGAAUCGACUCCAGUGCAGACAGAGGUCAGCUGUUAGCUUCUGGAGGCACCAGUCCAUCUCUGACACCUCAACAACAGUGGACAGGCCUGGCGUGCUGGUGCUGGAGGUGCUGGAGAUUCAGGAGGAGUGCAGCAUGCAACUGGCACACUGUGAGCACCACCGGCCUCCCGGAGAGGGCCACCAACACAGUAACCCUCUCUCUGGGUCAAAAGCUUUUAUGCUGGUGUUGUUCAACAGAGAGACUGCCGCCCAGCUGACUCCUUCACCCAGAGAUAUCGUCCACAUAUACCCGCCAUGGCAAAGUCUUUCCAUAGAGGGUUUCAGCUGUGACAUUAUUCUGAACACACACUUCAGCCAGAAAGUCUACUCUGCUACCAAACCAGCUAACAUGUCCAUUCCUAGAGGCCUGCUCUCAGCAAAAAGGUGCCAUCCGUAUUCUUUGUGCAAGAUAUUUGGACUACUGGAGGAAUGCAGGACCACAGAGGGGAUCAAUGCCAAACACGUUGCGGCCUCCAAUGCUCUGUGCAGUUUUGGAGGUCCAGGAGUUUUAACAAGACACUGCCUGUCUCUCCUGGAAGCUAUAGAGGGGCUGGGCCAGGCUGGCUCUGUGGGGCAGGACGUGGAGGUGGUGGUCCAGAGAGUUUACUCCAUCCCUGUGUCCAUCCUCAAGCCCAGGCUUCCGACCAGGUCUUCCUCAGCUCCUCCUCCUGCAGAAAAAGGCAAAACCAGGCUCUGUGUGCUUGUCCAGGAUAGUUAUGGGAUGUUCAGCGUGGUCCAACUCGACCUCCUGCCCUACAAGGACGACCUCCAGCAGUACUGCCGCAUGUGGCAGGGGAGGACCUGCUUGCUGAGAGGCAUUAAAGUGGUGCAGCGGGUCACUCGAGAAAGGAACACCAGGCUUUUCAGCUUGAUAGACAGUCUGUGGCCCCCAGUGAUGCCUCUUAAAGAUCAUGGAAACACACCUAGUAUGUCCAGUGAAGGUAAACCUGCAGGUCCAGCUCCGAGUUUCUGCUACCUGCUGUCUGGUCAAGAGAGCUCAGUUGAACCCACUGAGGAGCAGAUCGUUUCCCCGCUUUACCUUCCUCCCACAAAACAAAACUUGCGAGACAUACUGCAGAGUAAGCUUAAAACCUGCUGCUUCAGUUUUGUGGCCACUGUUCUAUACAAGAGAAUGAUGCAGAGCAGUGAUGUAGGACAGGGUGAGGUGUGGUUGGUGCUGACAGACCCCAGUCUUCAGGAGGAGCAGCUCGAGAGGCCAUGCAGGCGAACGGUGGCCCUUUGUGUGAGCACUUCCUGUGUGCUCACUUCCUCGGUCCUCGAAGCACUAAAUUCCCCCGCUGCCUGUAGCGUGUCAUUCAGAGAUGUCAUCAGAGAACAUGGUGUUCUCCUGUGUGUGGAGCAGUCAGUUGUUGAGAUGUGCUCUGUGGAGCCUGAGGGCAAUCUCAAGUCGUCAGCCAGACCAGAGUCACUGUCUGAGCCUCAGGCAAAGACCCUGCCCCAACCUGUGGUACUGGAUUCCCUGAGUCCUGAGAUCACACCCAACUCCAUCUGCUCUCUCUCAGGGAUGAUAGUUGGUGUGGAUGAGAACACAGCUUAUUCCUGGCCUGCCUGCAACCACUGUGGAAGUGACAACUUAGAGAUGUUGGCUGAAAGACCUCAGAACUUCCACUGUGUUUCUUGUAAGUUGGUGGUGGACAAGCCAGACACAAGGAUUCAACUGGAAGUGCUCCUAAGUUCUUCAUUAAGUAAUUGCACUUUGAAGGUUAAGCUGCAGCAAAAGACGAUCAUGUCCAUCAUAAACACUGCAGCGCUGGAGGGUAAUGAGUGUGUUUUAGUUCCCAGGUUACGAUGUGGAGAAUGUCCUGGGAAAAGAGGUGGGCCCCCUCGCCGCUUAUGUCCGAGUCGUCACCAGGAAACCUGCCCUCUGGAUCGGCCUGGAAGAAAUCUGCCUCUGAGGCUGUCAGAGCAAGUAGGCUAGCUAAUGAUAUCAAUCCACAGGCUUCAGUUGGCUCCAAGGAACUGCACACUAGGCCUUGGUCUGAGCCAGUUCAGCCCCCCCCUGUGAAGGCCUCCCUGACAGCUUGAGGCUGUGCUGAAGUGAGCGGGGUUGUAAGAAGACAAGGUCUUGUUUGUGUUAAUGAUAUGUGAUCCUGUGGACCAGGAGUUGACAGCCCAAGGGUAGACCAGUGGCAUGCAAUCUGUCAAAGCAUACCACGUGGUUUAUAAACUGGGACGUUUGGCUGUAAAUACAUUUAAGUGGUCUAAAAACUUUUCCCCACUCCUCUACUUUAUUUAAGAUUACUGACAGUCAAUAAAAGUUGUAUUUUUGCUGACUUUA